AAUCUUGACAUUCGCGUGAAACAAAACUAUAAACAAAUUUUUGUGUUCAUCUUCACGGUCCAUUUUGGUCUGUUGUUCAAAUUUUAGUUCAUUUUAUGUUUGUGUGCGUCCAAAUUCUAUGUGUAAGAUGGCCUGUGCGGAAGGAGCUUUAUUGGGGAAGCUAAAAGCCUUAGUAAAGGAAAUGGAGGGAGAUCCCAGUUCCUGCCCGUGUCCUCCUGCCUGCGUCCCAAUUCAACCGAACACAAAACCAUUCGCCACCUGUUGUAUGGUUUGCCCACCACCGAUACUGGCGCCAACUACGCCGGAACCAGUUAAGCCUCUCCAAUUACCUUGCCCAACAGAUAAUGGAAAUCAACAGAACGUAAUGUCGGAUGAGGAAGCAGAGCGGACACGAUACGCCAACUUUUACAACAAUUACAAUAUAGAUUGGCAUCCAGACGGAGCUUGCGCCGAAAACCAGGGUCCUUACGAUCCUCGCAAGGACAAAUGCAAGGGUGUCACUUCUGACGGAAAGAAUCCAUGCUGCGAAGAUUACAGAAGAACGAAGAAGCAGUGUCAGGACAAAGGAUGCCCCACCGGUUUCAAACCCUGCACUAUGAAGCUCUCCCCUCCGCCGAAUUGCCACCCCUGCGGAGUGUGGUGUGCGGAAGUUCAGCCAUGUCCCCCGAAGUCUAAGAAAAAGAACGCAAAAUACGAACCCGGCAAAUGCACCAGACCUUGCUGCAAGCACUGGGAGCCGAAAGACGGAGAAUGCAAAUACGACGAUCCCUGCAAAGCGGAUUGUUUCAACCAUCCGCCGGGGAUGAAGCCCAAAAAGGUCCACUGACGUCUCAACGAUACCCUUUUCUUUUUCAGAAGCAACCGAAGAAUUGUUAGGACAUUUGGCUACUAAGGUGACGAUCUGUGAUAACUUUAAGUUGUAAAAAUCGCUCAGGAUCGGAAAACGCUAUCGGGUGUACAGGGUGUCACAAAAAGUAUGAGAUGGAUGUAGUACUGUAGUCUGUUUGGAUAUUGACAAGAGAAUCAUAUCUAAUUUCUGUGUUUUGCAUUAAGAGGUUUACUAUCCUUUGUCAAUACUCAAACACAACGAAAAUAUAACUCGGGAUUGCUGAUUGGAUUUCACUUUGUCAUAAGAAGUAACUCAUUGGUCAAUUUAUUAACUUUGGUACUGAAACAAAAGAAAAAGCUCUCAACCUUUAAAAAAAGAAUAAAAAAAUACAGUGUGUAAAUGUUCUCAUGGAAAUCUCCCUGUAUCUCACCUUGAAUAGGAUUCUAGAAAAUUCGGGAUGCCUGAAGAAUUCUAAGAUGCAUUUAAAUACAUAGUAGGGUUAUCCCUAUAGGGCUGAAGAUGAAGCCAACGAUAUUUUCGAGAAAUACUGUUGGGAGCCUAAAUUUUACAAACAUUCUAGCGGAUUGCAGAUCAGUACUUUUUCAGAAAAAUGUUUGCUAUGAAAAAUCAAAAUGAGGAAUGAAGAGUGACUGAUUUUUACUUGAUAUCUUGAUUUUUUAAGCUUUAAAGUCGCUGGAUUGCAAUUCGUUGGAAAUCUUCCCAUAUUGUACCUCCCAAUAUUAUUUUCCUGUAAUAUUAGUGGCCCUAUCGCUUCUUGCCUAGAGUGUAUAUCACUUAUUUCUACCUCACGAUGUACAAGUGAUAUAUAUCGUGAAUUUUUUGGAAUGCUAUGCCAGUUGGAACGGAUUUUUCUUGUGGGAACUAGGAAACACUGUAUGAAAAACAUGUAAGAAUGUUUUGGGUGAUAUGAGGAAACUUAGGAAUGUAGCUUCAUGCUGUUUAAUUUGGUCGAAUACUAUAGACUGCGAGCCAAUGAUGAGUUUUCAGAGAGUCAUGUGAUAACUCUUGAACAUGUAUAAUUUUUAUAGUCCUUAAGUAUAAAAUGAGUGUCAGCCUUAUGACGUCAGUUGUACCUGAUGCACGUGAGAAUUUUGAAAAA